AUGGUAUCCAUUGGUUACAAGCAAAGCAAUGCCGAUCACACUUUGUUCAUCAAGAGGACAUCUGGCCAUAUUACUAUUUUGAUUGUUUAUGUAGAUGACAUUGUCAUCACUGGGAGUAGCAUGGAGGGGAUUUCUUUCUUGAAAAAAUUCAUGGCACAAGAGUUUGAGAUUAAAGACCUGGGAAAAUUGAGAUAUUUUCUGGGCAUAGAGGUAGCUUAUUCAGCUCAAGGUAUUUACCUCUCACAAAGGAAAUACACCAUUGAUCUCUUGACAGAUACAGGAAUGCUAGGGUGUAAGCCAGCUGACAACCCUGUGGAGCCUAAUUCUCCUCUUCGCUAUAAGGAUGGAGAACCUGUAGACAAGGGUAGCUAUCAGAGGCUAGUUGGGAAACUGAUCUAUUUAUUUCAUACUCGCCCGGAUAUUGCCUUUGUUUGUUAG